UCCUUCAACAUCGUGUGGGGAAGCCCUUUAUGCAUUAAAAGGUCAGGAACAAACUAUGACGUAGCUUGACGUCAUAAGAAAAGGGCGCCAUAUUGUUACCCUACGUUUGCAUGGUAUCAGGUUUCGGAUUGCAUCAGUUCGAGCAAUAUAUAUCAGGCAUGCCUUAAAUAAUGUGUUGUCUUAGGUAAAUUUCAAAGUUCCAUCUGUUUAUUAUGGUAGAUCCAAUGGAUUUAGGUUUGACAGACGAAGAUAUACCGAACGACCGCUCGGACGAUGUCGUUAGUGCUAUAUCGGGAAUUUCCGAAUCGGAGGAUGCCGAUCGCCAGCAGCUGGUAACUGUCAACGAAAUCCGCAUGCCUCCCAAUGUUUUGGUCACCAGUGCCACUGACAAUAUAUUGUUAGACCAAGAUCCACUUAAAACAACUCGUAUUAUAAUACAUAGUCCAGCUUCCUUGGAUGUGUUAAAGAACAGUCAACCGACAAUAACAUUUAACUCUUUAAAUCGGAGUUUAUCUGUACCUGAAAAAAAUACUAUAAACUUUGACCCAUCUGUAUACGAUCCUGUAUUACCGGUCAGGUGUCGGACUGUUCGUGGAGAACUUCAUAAAAAUAAGUUUGGAUCAGGUAGCAGAGGACGUUGCAUUUCGGUGAAUGGUUCAUGGGUUACUCCUUCAGAGUUUGAGACAUUAGGUGGCCGUGGAAAUAGCAAAGACUGGAAACGUAGCAUUCGUUACGGCGGUCGUACUUUACAGUGCUUAAUUGAACAAGGCAUUCUUCGGCCACAUGCAACAACUUGUACUUGUGGCAACUGUUGUGAUGAUAAUUUAUAUGGGGAUGGCUCACCAGAUGUGUCUAGUGGACCAGUGAGACUUUUCACGCCUUAUAAAAGGAGGAAACGCCAACAUCCAAGGUUAAAAGUUGAAACAAACGUCGCACUGCCUACUAGUGACAAUAUUGUAUCUGCUCCAGCAGAACUUCACACUGAUGAUAUUACUUCAACUAGUUUGACACCUGAAUCUGUUGUUAGUGGAUUAACAGUUCCUUUGGUUACCAGGGAUAAUGGAACUACUAUUUGUGCUGUUCCGAUGGUCACCAGUAACACUGGAACUACAAUUUGCACUGUGCCACUUGUUACUAGAGAAAGUGGAAAUGCAGUGUGUGCUGAUUCAGUAAUUGUGAAGCCUGAAUCCAAACUACCCAAAUUAGUGUCAAGUGUAGUAGAUAUAACAGAACAAAAGCAUUGGUGGCAAUUAGAAGAAAUGGUAAAGAAUGCAGUACGUCAAAUUCUAGAUUUACAAAAACAUGUAGAAACUGUGAAAAAUCAAUGUGUUGCUACCAGAGAGGCAGCAUUACAGGAUCUCAGGAAUCAAAUGGAGGAAGAGAAAAAACAGGCUCUGAGUGCUUGUCGCCUGGAAGCUCAGUUAGCCUUAUCCAGAGCUAGUUUAGAAGCAAAAAAUGAGAAAGAAGCAGCUGUGCAAGAAGCUCUUCAACAGGCUCAACUGGAGAUGCAAGAGAAACUGAAUGCUCUUGUCACAGAAAAAUCCGAUACUCAAAAGCACUGUGCCAACUGUGAUCGAGAGGCUUUCUCCGAAUGUACUGGCUGUCAUCGAGUCAGUUAUUGUAGUACAUUUUGCCAGCGUAAAGAUUGGCUUGCACAUAAACAUGACUGUGGUGACUGUGAUCUUGCUGCUGAUUGCUCAGAACUUCCUGACAGUGAUGACCCAACCAGUUGAUAGUUUUGACAGACUCUAAUACUGUAGCGUGUUCCAAGUUCCUGCGUGCAUUUAUUCAGCAAACCAAACUGAUCUGCUGAAUUGAAAUUACAUUUAAUACCCAUUAUAAUGAUUCCAUUUACCUCACACAAGAUUAAAGUUUUUUUUUGUGUGACUA